AUGUUUACAGCUUGGUUUCAGGCAAACAAUAGUUUUGAAGAGGCAAGGCUUUUAACUUACGGUGACUUUGUUUCUAAAUUUGUUUAUCAUAAACGGAGUAGGAGUUGGAAGCCAAGGAAAAGAGGGUAUACCAUUGGUCGUCUUUGUUGGGUGCCUCAAUGCUCAGGUGAAUUGUUUUAUUUAAGAAUGAUGUUAAUUGUUGUUAAAGGGCCAUUAUGUUAUAAUGACAUCAAGAAAGUUGAUGGUGUUCAACAUAAGACUUUUAGAAAGGCAUGCUUUGCUAUGGGUUUCCUUCAAGAUGAUCGAGAAUUUAUUGAGGAAAUCAAAGAGGCACAUGUUUGGGGUUCAGGUUUAUUCUUACGAAAGCUAUUUGUUACUAUGCUUUUGUCAUCAUCCAUGAAUCGACCAGCACACGUAUGGAGAAAGUCUUGGAAGUAUCUAUCGGAUGGUAUUCUUUACGAACAACGGUUGGUGGCAAGAAAUCAAGUAUUUAUACGUGCACAUGCAUUAUGUCCAUCAAGUUAUCUCAAAACACUGUCAUAUAAUAUUCAUACUGAAUUGACACUUACCGACGAGGAACUUCAACAGCUAACUUUGAUGGCUAUUGAAACACUAUUACAAAAUAACAACAAAACAUUGAAAGACUAUAAGCCAAUGCCAUAUCCGAAAGAUUAUGUUGUUUCCUUAUCGGGUAAUAGGCUUAUUUAUGAUGAGCGUCAAUAUGAUCCUAUUGCUCAACAACAGCUAUUUGCAGGGUUCUACGGUUCUCUAACAGAUGAGCAAAGAAGCAUUUUUGAAGAGAUCUUGGAAGCUGUAGAGAAACAAAGAGGCGGCGUGUUCUUUUUAUAUGGAUACGGUGGGACCGGAAAGACUUUUAUGUGGAACACUUUAUCAGCGGCACUUAGGUCUAAGAAAAAAAUUGUCUUGCCUGUUGCAUCAAGUGGGAUUGCAAGUUUGUUGUUACCAGGUGGAAGAACAGCUCAUUCUCGGUUUAAGAUUCCAGUCCCUACUUUAGAUUCUUCAAUUUGCAACAUUAACAAAAAAGAUGAUAAUGCUGGGCUUCUCAAAGUGACAGAUCUAAUAAUAUGGGAUGAGGCUCCUAUGGCUAACAAGUAUUGUUUUGAGGCACUUGACAAGUCAUUGAAAGAUAUUAUGAGUGGAUCUACACAUGGUCAAGAUAAGAUUUUUGGAGGUAAGGUUGUUGUUUUUGGUGGUGACUUCAGGCAAAUUCUCCCUGUAGUACCAAGAGGUACUAGAUCUGACAUUAUUUAUGCAACAAUCAAUUCUUCAUAUCUUUGGGAUCAUUGUAAAGUCCUAAAGCUCACAAAAAACAUGCGGUUACAAAGUGGUGCAGCUACUUCUACAACAGAAGACAUUAGGGCAUUUUCUGAAUGGAUUUUACAAAUAGGUGAUGGGACAAUGUGCGAGCCCAAUGACGGUUAUGCUGAUAUUUGUAUUCCCGAAGAGUUUUUAAUUGCUAAUUUUGAAGAUCCUAUUAAAGCUAUAGUAGAGGAUACAUUCCCUGAUCUUAUUCAUAAUUAUCUUGACUCCAACUAUAUUCAAAGUCGUGCAAUUUUAGCAUCAACAAUUGAGGUGGUGGAUGGUAUCAACCAAUAUAUCACAACUCUUAUUCCAGGGGAGGAGAAGGAAUAUUUUAGCAGUGAUUCAAUUGACAAAUCUGAUGCAAAUAACUUUGAUGGAUACGAGCAUGUCACACCCGAGUUCCUUAAUGCACUCAAAACAUCUGGAUUGCCAAAUCAUUCUAUUAAGUUGAAAGUUGGUGCGACCAUCAUGCUAAUGCACAACCUAGACCAAUCGGAAGGCUUGUGCAAUGGAACACGACUAACAGUGACUAGGCUUGCUAACCACGUCAUUGAAGCUAAAAUCAUUUCUGGUAAAAAUGUUGGUAACAUCAUUUAUAUUCCAAGAAUGUCUUUGUCGCCUUCCCAAUCACCAUGGCCAUUUAAAUUGGUGAGAAGACAAUUUCCAAUAAUUGUCUCGUUUGCAAUGACAAUAAACAAGUCUCAAGGACAAUCUCUUGACCAUGUUGAGUUAUAUUUACCUAAAGAAGUAUUUAGCCAUGGUCAAUUGUAUGUGGCUAUCUCUAGAGUUAAAUCAAAACAGGGUCUUAGGAUUCUUAUUCAUGACAAAGAUAAAGAAGCAUUGACUAUUACAACCAAUGUGGUGUUCAAGGAAGUAUUCCAAAACAUUAAUUAG